AUGAAUAAAAAAUCUCAAAGCAAGCAGAAACUCGUCUACAUUGGAGGGAUUUCAUGAUUGAAGCCUCAAUCGUUUUCAAUUUCUCCUUUGACAGGAGAAUUUGCCUAUAUAUGAGGAUGUUUCAUUAUAUUCUUAAGCACAGAUGAUUAUGCUCAAAAGUACUACAUUUCCAAUCCAAAAUCUAGGCCAUACUCAUGUCUGGAGUUCUCUGGAGAUGGGAGAACACUCCUAGCUGGAGAGUCUCUGACUCGCCACUGAAUUUUACAUCAUUUCGUGUACUCUACAGAGGACUCUCGAUAUAGCAUCAAGGCUGUAGUGAAGACAUCAUUUUCAUCAAUCGAAAGAUUAAGCCUCACCAACUCAUUCUUUGUCAUUAAUGGUACGAUAAGGGAUAAAUUCAAGAAGGAAAUCCAAAAAUAUGAGGUACUCAGCUUCACAAAAUAAGAAGGGAAGGAAGCAACAGAGAUUUACAAAGAAGAUUAAACAAUUGAUGUUCACAAGCAAACAUUCAGAUUCUUUUCUGAUACUUACAUCUGAUAGUCUUCAUUUGUGAGAAGAAAAGACCAACUGGAAGGCGACGAAUGUUAUUCUCCCUGUGGGCUCAAGUACUAAAUUCUUAGACAUGAUUCUGACAGAAUCAGGUAUGUUGCUGAUACUUUCUGAAGACAAAUAAGUUGCUUCAAGUCGAGAACACAAGUGAAGUCACCAACAUAUAUGACUUAGAAACUAUCCUUGAAGAUAUUCCUACCUCACUUGCAAUAUGUGAAAAAUUCUUCUCUAUAGGUUGCUUAGGAGGACACAGCUACAUAGGAAACAUAGAUGCUCCAACUAAGUUAUAUGAACAACCGCUUCCUCCUCAUUAUGGCUUCUGAGCAUCCGAAGAGCCAGAUAUGAAGGAAUACCCUGACACAAUGGGCUUGAAGCUCGAUAAAAACAGGUUGAUUGGCAUAUAUUCUGACAAAACGAUUGCAAUAUUUAAUAGGAAAACAGAUUUGGACUCUAGAAUUGUACACAUAAUACAAAAUCAUGCCAAAGGGAUUCACAAUAUCAUGACGUUACCAAAUGAGACUUCUGAGAAAGGCUUCGCCUUUCUCACCGGCUCAACUGAUAAAACCUUGAGAAAGUGGAUGAUCAUGAAGAAUGGGCAUGGUAGAAGCUGUACUCCAUCAAAUUCAGCUCUUCUCUGAGACGAUUUCUCUCAUUUAAGAAAAUCAAGGAAAAGGUUAAAAAUUGAUGAAGAACAAAGAGAUCAUUUAGGGCAAAUUAGAGUCAUCCAGAAAGUACACUCGCAAAAGGAAGAUAUAAUACUGUGUGGGGAUUCUUGAGGAUAUGUGUGGAUAUUUGAUCCAGAGACUUUCCUUCUUAAGUCUAUUUGCGAAUCUCACCAAGAUGAGAUCUUGGAUAUCUCCACCAUUAAAACUCAAGAUCCUGAUGAUCCUAGAGAUGGAAUGAUUAUAACCUGCAGUCGUGAUAAAACUGUUAAAGGCUUUAUAUAUUCAGAAGAAGAGUUGCAUAACUGCGAUAGCUUUAAAUCCUCUUCAUUGCCCAUCAUCUCUCUAGAUUGAAUUCAGUCAGGAAAAGAUAUUUUCAAACUGGUCUACAUCGAUGCUCAAAGUAACUUAUGAAUCAGGGAAAUCUUACCAGAAUGUAGAUUCAAUGCACCCAUAAUCAAAAAUAUGGCUCCGCAGAAAUUCUAUGCGCUUGCAGUCAGAGACAACAAAAUUGCUAUUGGAAUGGACUCCAAAGUCCAACUUGGAGAGCUCAAGUCCAAUAAUUCAUGGGCUCUGGGGAAGACUGCUUUAGAAAAUCAUCCUAAAAUGAGAGAUUUUGUCAAAGUCGAAAUAGAUAAAACGAAUACAUUCGUAAUUACUUCAUGCUGGAAAACCAACGAUGUUCAUAUCAUCGACAGAAUUAACUCAAGUAUCAUGGAAACUUUCAACUGCGGGGAACCAAUGUUAACCAUGGAGAUAACUCCUGACCACAAGUACCUCAUCACCACCUCGAGCCUGGGCUGAUUCUACAUUUGGAAGUUGCCUCUAAGAAUAGUCAGAGCUAUGAAAUUCAGGGAGAGUCAAAAGAACCUGAUUAGUAACCAUCCUUCCUUAGACCGUACAGUUCUUUCAAAUAUCAAAGAAGAUGACGAAAUCUCAGAUGAAAAUGAAUUCGGCCAUAUCGAUGAAGGUAAACGUGAAGAACCCAAAAGAAAGGAAUGGAUACGACCUGAAAAGAGACCAUUCAACUUCGACACGAAACUUACUGGGAUACAUCCUUGCAGAUCAACUAGCGUCAAUGAUAGGCUACAUUCAGAGCCAGUGCUCUUUGAAGAAGCCCAGCUUGACUACGGCAACAAAUCUGACCAGGAACACGAAAGUGAUCAUGAAGAAGAUACCUUUGACUUGAUAUAGGAUCUCCUACAAGAAAUGAAGAAGAUAACAUCAAAACAAAAUAUGAAUUCACUGAAAAAGUUGAGACAAAAAGGAGGCUUUCCCAUAUCAGGAGAGACUCAAAGAUUGGCAAACUUGUGGAAAAGGCCAAUAACAGAAAGUCUGACUUAUCUCAAGAGAGCAGGAUGCAUAAUUCCUCCUUUGAAGAUACAGGAAAAGUCAAGUCCCAAGUUGAAGAGAAUAAUUGUCUUAAUUUCCCAUUAUUAAAGGAAGAACUUCAAAUAUGCCAAGAUAAUGAUGCUACUAACUCUGAAUCUUUCACUAAAGAAUUGAAGAGAGAAGUCUCUGCUAUAUCUCAAUCGAUAGAUAAAUGCAUAAACAAAUUCCAAUUACAAAAGUCCCUUGCUGACAAGAAGGAGGUCUCCCAGCUGCUAAUGGUUCUGAAUAUGAAGAUGAACAGCCUUCAGACAGCCUACUUUCACCUGGUACUAUCAGAGAGUCCUGAGAAGGAGGUCUAGCACCCGUAUUUCCUCUUCAAUAUUUAGGUAA